GGCGACUAAAUCUAGUCCAGUUUAAAAUCCUCAGAAGACACGUUUGCGCAUUUACCGCUAAAAAGAACCCCUUUGUCGUAUCUCCUUAGUUUCUAGACACUCCCAUUCUUGCCUCAGCCAGUAUCGGUAUCCUCGGAGUCGACAUAUCGAGUGACGUGCAGUUUCGUGGUCACUUGGAAGAGAAGGCCAAAUUGGCCUCUAAAAAGCUUAGCGUGCUCAGCAGAGCGGGACAGUAUUUCAUGCCGGCACACCGCCUGCAACUUUACAAGGCGCAGGUUCAGCCUCACAUGGAAUACUGUUCCCAUCUCUGGGCAGGGGCUCCCCAGUGCCAGCUCCUUCCACUUGACCGUAUCCAGCGCAGAGCGGCUCGAAUCGUCGACGACCGAGCCCUUUCCGAUCGGCUCGAUUCAUUGGCACUGCGAAGAGAUGUUGCAUCCCUUUGCAUUUUCUUUCGCAUCUACCAUGAGGAGUGCUCGCAGGAAUUGUUCGGAUUAAUCCCUGCCGCCAAAUUUCACGAACGCACUUCGCGGCAGAACUCCAGAUACCAUCCACACCAUCUGGAUGAUUGGCGGUCCACCACAGUGAGAUUUAGAAGAAGUUUUCUUCCUCGCACGACUUCCUUGUGGAAUCUAUUACCAUCAGCGAUUUUUCCGGACCGAUACGACUUAGGGACCUGUCUGAAGUCGAGGCUUUGCUGGAAAAAGUCUCGGAUUGGGGGCGACUAAAUCUAGUCCAGUUUAAAAUCCUCAGAAGACACAAGUUUGCGCGUUUACCGCUAAAAAGAACCCCUUUGUCGUAUCUCCUCAGUUUCAAGGCACUCCCCUUAUUGCCUCAGCCAGUAAUCGGAAUCCUCGGCGUCGACAUAUCGAGUAACGUGCAGUUUCGUGGUCACUUGGAAGAGAAGACCAAAUUGGCCUCUAAAAAGCUUGGCGUGCUCAGCAGAGCGGGACAGUAUUUCAUGCCGGCACAACGCUUGCAACUUUACUAGGCGCAGGUUCACCCUCACAUGGUUCCCAUCUCUGAGCCGGGGCACCCCAGUGCCAGCUCCUUCCACUUGACCGCAUCCAGCGCAGAGCGAAUCGUCGACGACCGAGUCCGUUCCGAUCGGCUCGAUUCAUUGGCGCUGCGAAGAGAUGUUGCAUCCCUUUGCAUUUUCUUUCGCAUUUUCAUACCCAGCCGCCAAAUUUCACGAACGCACAUCGCGGCAGAUCUCCCGAUACCAUCCACACCAUCUGGAUGAUUGGCGGUCCACCACUGUGCGAUUUAGAAGAUGUUUUCUUCCUCGCACAACUUCCUCGUGGAAUCGAUUACCAUCAGCGAUUUUUCCGGACUUAGGGUCCUUCAAGAAGAGCGUAAGGUCAACCGGGGAUAAUACGUCACAAUACUUUGAAUGGCAUAUUUAUCUGAUUAUAACAAACAUAUUAUAUGCCCCUAAAAGCUAUAACUUAUGAUACAAGUCAGAAAAUUUUAUGAAAUUUUAUAUUUUAAUACAGUUUCAUGGCAUUUCGAAUGACAUCUAUAAGUCAAUGAUGUUUCUACGAAAGCUGGAAUUUUUAGAUGCAAUAACCCCAAGUGGGGGAAAUGCGUCUGGAACAAGUAUUAUGUGCUUGGAAGAGCUAAUAGCAAUUUAAAUAGAGCUAAUUUAUAAAAGUAACAUAGCUACUUAUAUAUACACUAUUAUUUUGUAAACCAAAUUCUGUGCUAAGUUUAGGAUAAUUAGUUGAAAAAAGAUUAGUUGAUUCGAGAAUGGCUUAGAUUCUUAAAUUAAAUUGAACCCGGCGGAUAGCUAGUAUACUAAAAGAAGGUAUACAACAGAGAAUUUACAAAGUUUUUGAAACAAAUUUCCACCAAAUAAUUUCAAAACUUACAUAUUAUCUAAUAACUGUAUGGAAAAACACGAAUUAAAAACCUUGAAAAAUUUCAAUUUCUAAUGCAGAAAAAUGAACCGAAGCAAAAUUUUCGUUCGUUUAUGGCUUUUUAAUAUAAUUAAUCAAGUUCCGUUACAAAGCUUAUGUUGGUAACGGGGCAGAUACAAAAUAGAGGAAUAACUAUAGGAAAAAUAUUAUGGUCAAAUGAUUAUUGUUUAAAAUAACAAUACCUAUUACAAUCUAAAUAAAUUUCCACCAGAUAAUUUUAAAAGAACAAAUUAAAUAAAAAUUGUUUGGAAAUACAACCUGCAAGACAUUUUUAAAAGAAAUGGUUGACACCAUAAUUUACUGACAUCAUAAUUUAAAUUUUUUAAAUUAUGAUGUCAGUAAAUUUUUAAAACAAAAUUACACUUUAAGUGUCUAAAACUUUGGUUGGUGUCCUGUUUUAAUUUUAAAGUUUUAAUUGCUUACAACGGCAGAACAACAAAGAAAGAAUGCUCAACAUCUUGGACACACUAACGUUGCACAUUUCUCGCUCUCUCUCUGUGCGUGCGCGCGCGCCUGCUUGUAUGCGCGCAUGUGUGUUUGUGUGUUUAUCGUGUUUGUUAAGUUAAGGUAGUUAUUAAACAAAAAUAAAAUAUUUAAAAAAGUUUAAUUUCAAGACAACUCUAUAAGUUCCGUAUCGUACGCACAAGAGUACAAAUUAAAGAAAUCUAACAAUACUUUGAAUCAUAUAAUUUUGAGGAAGCAGCCUUAGAAAUAUAACAUGAAAUUAUGUAACUAAUUUCUUAACAAUAAUAAUAUAUAAAAUCUAAACUCUCAUAUUUCUCUAAUUACUUAGACAACAUUACGUAUACCUUGAAAUGUAUUUUCAUUUGUAAGUGUCGAGGAGUCUCUCGUUUUAACGAGUCAUCAAGGUUCUAAUCUUAUUAUGGAGACAAAUCAGCAGAAAACAAAGAUCCUAACUAAAAGAAAAGUUGAGAUUUUAUAGAAUCGCUAAAGUAAUAAAACUAAAAUAAGAUUUUACAAAAUCAAUCCGAUGAAAUCUAUAUAACUAUUGAGAUUUGGAUGCCUUUUUAAUGUGUGAUGAUUUUCUUUACUUUUAACACUUAAGAAUUUUCCGCAACUAUACGAUAUACAACAAUCAAGUGUCCUUUCUUAUUCUUAUAGGCAUUUCUGAGGUAUCAUUGUAAUAGAAGACUAGUAUUUAAUCCAUUUCAAACAUCUUACGAAAUUAAAAACAAAGCUUUGGUUAGUUUUAUUAAAUUACUAUUAACGAUUUAAAAACAAAAAAAUAAACAAAAAUUCUAAUAAAAAUUAUAAAAAAAAAAGUCCACCGAAAAGUAAAGCUCAUUGAUUACGUUUCUUUUUUUUUUUGC